AUGAAGAAAUUUAAUUUUCGCAAAGUUUUGGAUGGUUUAACUGCCUCAUCCCCUGGUGGAAGCAGUGGUAGUGGCAGUGGUGGUGGAAGUGGGGCUGCUGGUGGCUCCACGCACCCAGGAGGAACUGCAGGAGCUGCGGGGACUCCCAGAGAUGAGAUCCAGGAGACACUGACUUCAGAUUAUUUUCAAAUUUGUAAGACGGUUCGCCAUGGUUUUCCUUAUCUACCCACUGCCUUAGCUUUUGACCCAGUUCAGAAAAUUCUGGCAAUUGGGACAAGAACAGGAGCCAUACGAAUAUUGGGCAGGCCUGGUGUCGAUUGCUACUGCCAACAUGAGAGUGGUGCUGCAGUCCUGCAGCUUCAGUUCUUAAUCAAUGAGGGUGCUUUGGUCAGUGCAAGUGCAGAUGACACACUUCAUUUGUGGAAUCUCAGACAGAAACGACCAGCUAUCCUUCAUUCUCUGAAAUUUAAUAGAGAACGGAUUACUUACUGCCAUCUACCUUUCCAGAGUAAAUGGCUUUAUGUUGGAACAGAGAGGGGAAAUACACAUAUUGUAAAUAUUGAGUCCUUCAUUCUUUCUGGAUAUGUUAUCAUGUGGAACAAGGCAAUAGAACUAUCCACAAAGACUCACCCUGGGCCAGUAGUACAUUUAAGUGACAGCCCAAGAGAUGAGGGAAAACUACUGAUAGGCUAUGAAAACGGGACUAUAGUAUUCUGGGACUUACGAUCUAAAAGAGCUGAUCUGAGAGCCUAUUAUGAUGAGGCUAUUCAUUCUGUUGCUUGGCACCAUGAAGGGAAACAGUUCAUGUGCAGUCACUCUGAUGGCAGCUUGACCCUCUGGAACCUGAAAAGUCCUAAUAGACCAUUCCAGACAACAAUUCCACAUGGAAAAAUUCAGAGAGAUGGAAAAAAAACUGAAUCUUGUAAACCAAUUCUAAAAGUAGAGUACAAGACCUGUAAAAACAGUGAACCAUUUGUGAUAUUUUCUGGUGGACUGUCAUAUGACAAAGCUUGUAGAAGACCAAGUCUAACCAUCAUGCAUGGGAAAGCGAUUACAGUUCUUGAAAUGGAUCACCCUAUAGUUGAUUUUUUAACUCUUUGUGAAACCCCCUAUCCAAAUGAAUUUCAAGAACCCUAUGCUGUAGUUGUGCUUUUGGAAAAAGAUCUCAUUGUUGUUGACCUGACACAAACCAAUUUUCCAAUCUUUGAAAAUCCAUAUCCCAUUGACAUUCAUGAGUCACCUGUUACCUGCACAGAGUAUUUUGCCGACUGUCCUCCAGAUUUGAUUCCUGUACUCUAUUCUGUAGGAGCAAAACAUAAAAAGCAAGGAUACAGCAAUAAGGAGUGGCCAGUCAGUGGUGGAGCAUGGAACCUUGGAGCACAGACAUAUCCUGAAAUUAUUAUUACAGGCCAUGCAGAUGGAUCAGUAAAGUUUUGGGAUGCUUCUGCCAUUACUCUACAGAUGUUGUACAAGUUAAAAACAUCAAAGGUGUUUGAAAAACAGAAAUCAGGGGAAGGAAAAGCAACAGCUGAUAUUGUGGAAGAAGACCCUUUUGCUGUUCAGAUGAUGUACUGGUGUCCUGAAAGUCGAAUUUUCUGUGUGGCAGGAGUUUCUGCGUAUGUGGUUGUUUACAAGUUCAGCAGACAUGAAGUAAAUACUGAAAUUGCAUCAUUAGAGGUACGACUUCAGUAUGAAGUAGAAGAUAUCAUUACUCCUGAACCAGAAAUAAUUCCUCCAUUUCCUGAUGCCUCAUCCCAGCUUCCUUCUUUAAAGAACCUUUCAGGCAGUACCAACACCGUAGCAUGUGAAGGAAUGAUGAAGGACAGUAUCCCAUGUCUUAGUGUUAAGACUCGACCUGUGCGAAUGCCUCCUGGAUACCAAGCAGAUCUUGUUAUUCAGUUGGUGUGGGUGGAUGGCGAGCCUCCACAACAGAUUACCAGUCUUGCUGUAAACUCUGCUUAUGGACUAGUGGCAUUUGGAAACUGCAACGGUUUGGCUGUAGUGGACUUCAUGCAGAAGACAGUACUGCUGAGCAUGGGAACCCUUGACCUAUAUGGAUCAAAUGAUCCUUACCAGCGUCAACCCCGUUCUCCUCGCAAAAGCAAGCAGUUUGCUGCAGACAACUUUUGCAUGCGUGGCCUGUCUAACUUUUAUCCAGAUUUAACGAAACGGAUCCGUACUUCCUAUCAGAGCCUGACUGAACUCAGUGACAGUCCAGUUUCCCUGGAGCUAGAACGUUGCAAGUCUCCCACUUCAGAUCAUGUCAAUGGUCACUGUACAAGCCCAACGUCCCAGAGCUGCAGUUCAGGAAAACGACUUUCUAGCGCGGAUGUCACCAAAGCAAAUCGCCGCGGGCCUGGGAGGCCCCCCUUUAGAAAAGCGCAGUCUGCCGCCUGCAUGGAGAUUUCUCUCCCAGUCACCACAGAAGAAAACCGGGAAAACUCUUUCAGCCGUUCCCGAAGCUCCAGCGUGUCCAGUAUCGACAGGGACUCCAAGGAAGCAAUUACAGCUUUGUACUUCAUGGAGUCCUUCGCUCGGAAGAAUGACUCUGCUGUCUCCCCCUGUCUCUGGGUUGGAACAGGCCUUGGUAUGGUCUUAAUCCUCUCUCUUAAUCUGCCUGCUAGUGAUGAAUUACGGCAGACAGAGCCAGUCAUGGUCUCACCAAGUGGCACAGUUCUGACAUUGAAAGGAGCCGUGCUGACCUUUGCGUGCUUGGACUGCAUGGGGACUCUGACACAUCCACCGUAUGAAGUGUGGCGCGACCCAAACAGUGCUGAUGAUAGUGAAAAAACAAGAAAAAGGAAACUUGUCAUGCAUUCCCCUUCUUCCUCCCAGGAUAUGGGUGAUCAUCAGUUUGCAGUCAUUUGUUCAGAAAAACAAGCUAAAGUCUUCUCAUUGCCCUCCCAAACAUGUCUUUAUGUCCACAACAUCACCGAAACAUCCUUUUUAUUGCGAGCAGAUGUGGUCACCCUCUGUAACAGCGUCUGUCUGGCUUGCUUUUGUGCCAACGGGCACAUCAUGACACUGAGCUUGCCCAGCCUUCGCCCACUGCUGGACGUCAACUAUUUGCCUGUAACAGAUAUGAGGAUAGCGCGGACCUUUUGUUUCACUAACGAAGGGCAAGCUUUGUACCUCAGCUCUCCCACAGAGAUCCAGCGCCUGACAUACAGCCAGGAGAUGUGUGACAACCUACAGGACAUGCUUGGGGAUUUGUUUACGCCUGUGGAAACACCAGAAGCCCAAAACAGAGGCUUUCUCAAAGGACUUUUUGGAGGAAGUGGACAGGCUUUUGACAGAGAGGAGCUUUUUGGUGAGGCCACAGCCGGAAAAGCCUCUCGCAGUCUUGCUCAGCACAUCCCCGGAUCAGGGGGAAUCGAAGGUGUGAGGGGCGCUGCAGGAGGAGUUAUUGGGGACUUGACACGUGCACGCAUUGCCCUUGAUGAGAGAGGACAGAAGCUGGGAGAACUGGAUGAAAGGACUGCGAGCAUGAUGGCCAGCGCAGAGGCAUUUUCCAAGCAUGCACACGAGGUGAUGCUGAAAUACAAGGACAAAAAAUGGUACCAGUUUUAG